AUGAAGACCUUAUUCGUUUUUGCCCUUGUGAUGAGUGUUUGGUCUUGUUCUGGGUUGCCGGUGUAUGACUAUGAACCAUCCAUCAUGGAAGAAGCUCUGCGUGCCUCCAUUGGAAGAGUGAAUUCUAGAUCACAAUGGCCAGCCCUGUUUGGCGUCGUCAGGAGCUACGUUAGAGGGGUUGACCUGUUGGAUAACAAUGACUACAGUAUAGUGCUGGACUUCAUUGUUCGAGAAACCACCUGCACUAAAGAUUCAGAGAAGGAUCCGUCCUUGUGUGACUUCAGAAUGGGACGCUAUGUGCAAACGGCCUUCUGCAGAAGUACAGUGCGGGUCUCUGAAGAGCAGAUACAGAACUUGGCAGUUUACUGCAGCCAGGAUGGGUCCAGCUCAGAAUCCUCAAGCAGCGAGGAGGUAAGCAAUGGGAAAAUUUGCUUGUGCCAUGCAGCUUCGUCUUAA